AUGGCACUGGCGCUGUUAGAGGACUGGUGCAGGAUAAUGAGUGUGGAUGAGCAGAAGUCACUGAUGGUUACGGGGAUACCGGCGGACUAUGAGGAGGCUGAGAUUCAGGAGGUCCUUCAGGAGACUUUAAAGUCUCUGGGCAGGUAUAGAAUGCUUGGCAAGAUAUUCCGGAAGCAGGAGAAUGCCAAUGCUGUCUUACUAGAGCUUCUGGAAGAUACUGAUGUCUCGGCCAUUCCCAGUGAGGUCCAGGGAAAGGGGGGUGUCUGGAAGGUGGUCUUUAAGACCCCUAAUCAGGACACUGAGUUUCUUGAAAGACUGAACCUCUUUCUAGAAAAAGAGGGGCAGACAGUCUCGGGUAUGUUUCGAGCCCUGGGGCACGAGGGCGUGUCUCCAGCCACAGUGCCCUGCAUCUCACCAGAAUUACUGGCCCAUUUGUUGGGACAGGCAAUGGCACAUGCGCCUCAGCCCCUGCUACCUAUGAGAUACCGGAAACUGCGAGUGUUCUCUGGGAGUGCUGUCCCAGCCCCAGAGGAAGAGCCCUUUGAGGUCUGGUUGGAACAGGCCACGGAGAUAGUCAAAGAGUGGCCAGUAACAGAGGCAGAAAAGAAAAGAUGGCUGGCAGAAAGCCUGCGGGGCCCUGCCCUGGACCUCAUGCACAUAGUGCAGGCAGACAACCCGUCCAUCAGUGUAGAAGAGUGUUUGGAGGCCUUUAAGCAAGUGUUUGGGAGUCUAGAGAGCCGCAGGACAGCCCAGGUGAGGUAUCUGAAGACCUAUCAGGAGGAAGGAGAGAAAGUCUCAGCCUAUGUGUUACGGUUAGAAACCCUGCUCCGAAGAGCCGUGGAGAAACGCGCCAUCCCUCGGCGUAUUGCAGACCAGGUCCGCCUGGAGCAGGUCAUGGCUGGGGCCACUCUUAACCAGAUGCUGUGGUGCCGGCUUAGGGAGCUGAAGGAUCAGGGCCCGCCCCCCAACUUCCUUGAGCUAAUGAAGGUAAUACGGGAAGAAGAGGAGGAAGAGGCCUCCUUUGAGAAUGAGAGUAUCGAAGAGCCAGAGGAAGGAGAUGGCUAUGGCGGCUGGAAUCAUGAAGGGGACGACUGA